AUGAAAUGGGACGAACAGUGCUGGGAUAUUAGAAACCAGUUCAAUUCACGUCGAAAACAAGGAAAAUUGCUCAGGAAGCGACGAAGCCCGAAGCCGCACAGAAUGAAAUGGGACGAACAGUGCUAUGAUAUUAGGCUAGUCCGAAGAAACCACUCCAAUUCACGUCGAAAACGAGGAAAAUUGCUCAAAAAACGAGGAAAAUACCCGAAGCUGCACGGAACGAAAUGGUACGAACAGUGCUGGGAUAUUACGCUGGUCGGAAGAAACCAGUUCAAGCUGCGUCGACAACAAGGAAUAUUUAUCAGUUCUGUGAUGCCUUCUUGUUCGCGACUCUGGGUCAAGUGA